CUUUUAACUUUAUAAUUGAUUGAAGGAGUAAUUCAAGCAAUCAGUUAGUUGUUUUAUCCUCCAGCUGUUUUUCUAUUCUAUUCAUUUUACAAUUUUCACAAUUAUACAGUCUACAGGACUCUUUUUUUCCCCACUUAACUUUGGCCUCUAUCCUCAAAAUUAACUAAUGGAUUUGCUUUAGGAUAAUUUCAGUAGCUCGCUGACCCUGGAGAGAGAAGAUCCAAGAUGCCUCGCUCAAAGUGUGAUGUCAUGUCCAAAGAACCAAGCUCCAACUUGGAAAGCGCCAUGCAGAUGCUCAUCAAGACUUUUCAUAAGUAUUCCGGGAAGGAAGGAGAUAAAUACACACUCAGCCGAGGAGAACUAAGGGAACUUCUGAUGGAGGAGCUGGGAAAUUAUCUUGGGAAUGCUCAAGAUAAAGACGCGGUGGAACGAGUGAUGAACGACCUGGAUGGCAAUAAUGACGGCGAGGUGGACUUCACCGAGUUCAUCAUCCUCAUGGGGGCGCUGACCGUGGCCUGCAACGAUUUCUUCCUGGACAGCCCGGCACCCAAGAAGCCAGAGAGCAAGGGCAAUGCAGCCACAACAGAGGAAAAGAAAGAGUAAUGAGCAAAUGCUACAAGAACAGAGAGAGAAAAUGGAGAGAAGUAUUAGUAGGUUGCAUGGCUGAGAACAAGAGAGUGUGUUUCAUCCAUUUCUUUUAUCAGGGCCGACAAACCUAGUUCCUGGAGGAGAUUUCUAUGCUUUUAUAAUUCAACCGAAGCUGUUAAUAUACUUUCAAAGCAAAACUAACAAACCCUGAAGGCAAAGACUUGGGGGUUUGACUGAAACACACAUCAGUUCAGUGCCAGGAGCUGGUUUGUCUAAUGCUGAACUAUUUUUUUUCUAGUUAAUGAGAAGUUCUUGAGUAUAAGUUGUUUAAAAGUCUUUCAGGAAGGGUGCCUUCUGUUUCAUAUGACCGCAGACAUUAUAUACAGCUGUAUAUAGUGUUUUUUGAAGGAAGAUAUAGCAGCAAAGUGUAUUUUGAGUGCAAUCAGUGGCUACUAAGUGUAUGUCAAAGCCUGUAUAGGGGGAAUGGGACAGGAAAUAGUGAAUUAUGGCCAGUUAUGACUGCUCAUUUUUAAUUAUUCUGAACUGUGACUUGAAACAGAUGUUGAGGUAUUUACAUUUAUAUCUUUCAUGAUGAUGUAAUUAUAAAUACCCAUUAUUGUUGACAGCACUAUUUCAUGGUUACCAUAAAUUCUGAACAGUGUUCAUAAUCUAUAAUAAUUCAGUGUUGAAGAUGUGGACUUGGUUUGUCUCUUUCUUUACAUCUAUU